AUGAAACGUCCCUCAAACGUCCACCAUGCAUCACGCAAACUUCAAAAACUAGAACACACAAUCAAAGAUAUACUAGGAACACACUCACAGGACCCUCUGGAUGACAUUUCCAGUGACGGGCCUCUAUCGCAGCAUGAUGUCAUAUAUUUCCAGAAACAGGCCAUUUAUAGACUUUACCAUGUACAGUCACUAAAGGUGAAGAUUCUUAAGGAAAUCUUGGCCAAGACUAGGGGGGAGAUCCAUGACGUUGUUGCCAUUAAUGAUACCCUCACACAGUGGUGGUUUCAGAUCCUGGGGAACUUGAAACAGCUUGUCCGAGUGCAAGAAUCUGUGUCCGAUGAUAAAUGGUUACUCUCAUUCAAUGUCGAACACAAGGAGAAACUCGACACUUUAAGGAACGAGCUCGUUUGCCUUUUGUCGUCGAUCUCUUCGUCAAACACUUCUGGUGCCACUGUGGAUACUGGCUAUAAUUACGACAUCUCACAGUUACAGAGGGAGAAGAGCGCCGUUAUUACUGAAAAUGACGAGUUGCGUAGAGAGAUACAGGUGUUGAGCAGCAACUUGGAAGAAUUGGACAGCUCUAUCCAAAGGAAACAUGCGCAGAGUGUCGAGCGUAUCCGAGAGGUGAAGGAGGAGCCUGCUGUGAAAGUUGAGAGCCUGGAGGUGAAGGCCGAGGCCAAGCAGCCGGCCCCUAGUGUUGAUGUGGAGACGGUAGCUGAAUUGGAGAAACUUCGGGGGAUCAACGAAGAACUACAGAAACAGCUGGAUGUUAAGAUUGAUGAAAUUACCAAGCUUGGAGAUCAGCUUCUGGAGAUUGAAAGGAGGAGCAGCGUUGAAUACAAGGUCGAUGACAAGAAUCAUAAUAACAACGAUAGUAGUAGUACAUCCAAUGCGAACGAGAAACUUACAGAACACACCAAUGAAUCUCGUAGAUUGGAGGAGCUGACAAUUACUAAGAGGAAACUCGAGACGCAAUUGUUUGAACUUGAGUCCAAAUUCACCGAGAAUAAAAAUAAAAUUGAACAAAAGUACAAGGCAGAACUAAGUUCAAAUAGUCAAUAUAUAUCGAAAUUGGAGAGUGACUUGAUUAGAAUAAGGAGUGAUCGUGAUUCUUUUAAUGCCAAACUACAGAUACUGAAGAAUGAAAAGGGUAAGGACGAACUUAUUGAUAACUUUCAAAGACUAGCCGAUACCUUACAGAAACGUAUCACCGAACUGGAGGAACUCAAUAAUACAAAACUCCAAGAAUUGAGCAAUGAUGAACAUUCAAAACUUCUAUUGAAGGAAUUGAAACAAUUAGAGGAUGCCUUCAAGUCGACCAGAGAGAUAUGCAUAUCUAAAUUGAUGAAGGGUUCCGAAUUUGAUUCAAUCAUCAACAAGUUAACGAUUGAAAAAACUAAAGCAGAUGAAAAGUAUUUCCAAGCAAUGAGACUGAAAGAUUCGCUUCAAUCGCAAAACAAGGUUCUUACUGCAAAUGUCAAUAAACAACAGGAAUUGAUUGAGAUGUUAAAGAACAACGAAGCAGAGUUGAACAAAAAAUUAUCCAUCGAAAAGGAGCUUUUCAGUAAACUCCUGAAAAUUGAGGAAAUGUACAAUUCACAACUUGUCAAACUGCAGUCGACUCUAGCUAGCUCUCAAAGUACAAUCAAAAAGAAUAUGGAGAACGAGAACUUGUUACGUUCGCAAAUUAGUAAAUUACAAGCACAAUUACAAAACUCGGAGAAAUCACUACAGUCAGCAACCGCCCAGUUGUCCGGAGAGAUAAAGAAGUCUUUACAUUACAAAUCCCAGAUUGAAUCUUACAAAGCAGGUGUUGUUCCAGAAGCAGAUAACGAGAUCCAAGAAGGUUUGUUAUCAAUGACAAAGUGUAGUCUAUGUAACAAGAAUUUCAAGUCUGUUGCACUCAAGACUUGCGGGCAUUGUUUUUGCAAGGAUUGUGUGGAGGACCGGUUGGCAGCUCGGAUGAGGAAAUGCCCAAGUUGCAACUCACAGUUUUCAAGGUAUGAUGUAUUGAACAUUCACUUAUGA